AACCUCUCAGUGCACGCAUAUCUUUAUUCCUGUCAACAUGGCUAAGAACUACUAUGAUCUUUCAGCUAAGCUGCUGUCAGGUGAGACUCUCAGUUUCUCCUCGCUGAAGGGGAAAGUGGUGCUGAUCGAGAAUGUGGCGUCUCUCUGAGGCACGACGGUCAGGGACUACACUCAGAUGAACGAGCUUCACUCCAAAUACUCGGAGAUGGGGCUUGUCGUGCUGGGAGCUCCCUGCAACCAGUUCGGCCAUCAGGAAAACGGCAAGAAUGAAGAAAUCCUGAACAGCCUGAGGUAUGUGCGUCCUGGAAAGGGCUUCGAGCCUCGAUUCCAGCUGCUGGAAAAGAUUGAUGUGAACGGCAAGGACGCGCACCCCCUGUUCGUUUUUCUCAAAGAGAAGCUUCCCUUCCCUAGUGACAAUCCUAGCGCCCUCAUGACCGACCCCAAGUUCAUCAUCUGGAGUCCUGUGUGCAGGAACGACAUCUCGUGGAACUUCGAGAAGUUCCUCGUCGGCCCCGAUGGGACACCGUUCAAGCGCUACAGCAGGUUCUUCCUGACCAGUGACAUCGAGGCUGACAUUAAAGAGCUCCUCAAGAAAGUGAAGUAAACCGUCCUGGCAUCAGAGGCGGGUGUGAGCAGAUAGAGAGGUGGCACGGCCACGCCCGUCUUAUCAGACUGCUGCCUGCGGAGAAAGAUGGCGGUGUGAAUUCAGCUGGCUGUGCUGACCCGAUUAGAGUGCGACUGUUUUGUAGGACGUUUACUGUAUGAAGGCACCGCUUGAAAUCUGUACUGAGGGUGGUGACGGAUGUGAACGUAAACGCUUAUUAUUAACAGACGUAAUUUAGCCGUGUACAGCAGAGCUCAGCUUCUCCAUACAGCUGUCUGAAACCAAAUAAAGCUUAUGAAAAUGAAAGAAA